GAACUGAAAGCAUGAAUACUUCGAAUUCACAGUCUCAAAGUAUCUAAGUGAAAACAAAAGCUAUCCAUUGAAUUUCAAAUUACCUAAAUCAAUGGCUAGCAAUAAUGGUGGUGGUGAACAGCAAUCGAAGAAAACGGCGGAAUUGGGCAAACCCUUAAAAGAAGGAGAAAGAAUUCUAGAACCAAGUCGAAGACCCGAUGGUACCCUUCGAAAACCCGUUCGGAUUCGGGCCGGGUAUGUUCCUCAGGAGGAAGUCGCCAUUUACCAGUCCAAAGGUGCCCUGUGGAAAAAGGAGAUGGCUUCACAAGUAGGGCCUCCAGGUUACGAUCCACCUACAGAUACAAAACUGAAAACCAAGUCAGCAAAAAGAAAUGAACGAAAGAAAGAGAAACGGGUACAGGUUCCCCAGUUUUUAGAUUUCUUGCAGGCCUUUUGUACUUCAUUAUCUCUGUUUUUACUAUUUAUUGGAAGACUUGUUAUUUUUGUUGCGGCUGCUCUUGAAAAGGGUAAGAACUCAGAAGCAGUGGCCGGUGAUGAGAUUAAAGGAGACGGUUUAACUGAGGAAGAUUUAGAUCAUGGAUCGGAAUCUAUUAAAUCAUUGACUUCUCAGAUGACAGAUCUUGCUGUUUUUCAAAAUCUUGUUUCAACCUCUCCUCUCUCAAACUCAGUGGAUGCCUCAGAUGCUGUGACACCAGCUCAAGAUCUCGAUAAAAAAAUCCGGGCACUUAAAAAGAAGAUCCGGUUAGUGGAAGCUCAACAGCAGAAAACUCCGCAGCAAGAUAUGAAGCCGGAACAGUUGGAAAAACUGGCAAAACUAGAAGGUUGGCGUGAGGAGCUAAAGCUUUUGGAGGACAAAAAGGAUGAAUUUGCAGCAUUGUAAAUUUAGGUUUCCGUCCCCACGAAGAAACUAUGUUGUUGAUUUAUAAUUGGAAAUUUCGUUUUUUUUGUAAGUUUAGGUUUCCGUCUCCGUAAAGAAACUAUGUCGUUGAUCUAUAAUCAGAGAUUUCGAUUUUAAAA